CUCAUCUUCUCUAUUUCGACGUUGCUGAUCAACUCCGUUGCUUCGCGUGAGGUAGAGUUUUGCGCGAGUCACUUGUUCGGCUCCUUCACACGUUUCCUUCCUGUCGGAUCGGAAGUCACGAAAUUUUGAUCGGAAGCAAAAACGGGAGCUCGCUCGCUGUGAAGGUGGCUUCAGAAAAUCAUCAUCUAUCCUUUAUAAUAAGUUCACUAUUUUCUUGUCAAGAUGGUAAAACUCACAUUGAUUGCACGUGUAACUGAUGGACUUCCAUUGGCGGAAGGAUUAGAUGAUGGCCGUGAUCAGAAAGAUGCAGAUUUCUACAAGCAACAAGCAAAGCUUUUGUUCAAGAACUUGUCAAGAGGGCACAAUGAGGCUUCAAGAAUGUCAAUCGAAACUGGUCCUAACUUCUUCCACUAUAUAAUUGAGGGCCGUGUUUGCUAUCUUACAAUGUGUGAUCGCUCAUAUCCAAGGAAACUUAUUUUCCAAUAUUUGGAGGAUCUUAAAAAUGAGUUUGAAAGAGUCAAUGGGGAUCAGAUUGAAACUGCUGCGAGGCCAUAUGCUUUUAUUAAAUUUGAUACCUUCAUACAAAAGACUAAGAAACUAUACCAGGACACCCAUACUCAAAGAAACCUUGCAAAGUUGAAUGAUGAGCUCUACGAAGUCCAUCAGAUAAUGACUCGCAACGUUCAGGAGGUUCUUGGUGUUGGUCAAAAGUUAGACCAGGUCAGUGAAAUGUCAAGCAGGUUAACAUCGGAAUCUCGCAUAUAUGCGGACAAGGCAAAAGAUCUAAAUCGUCAGGCUUUGAUACGCAAGUGGGCUCCUGUUGCUAUUGUAAUUGGGGUGGUACUGUUACUCUUCUGGGUUAAGACCAAGAUCUGGUGAUAAAUCAAUUGUUCUUAUCCUCGUGAGUGCUCUUUUAUUUUUUCAACAUUUUUCAUUUUCAAGAUUAUCGAGGAUAGGACUGCAUGGAGGCAUUGAAAAUACUGGAAAGGCAUAUGGACUUUGUGGUAAGAGUGCAGAUUUCAAUGAUUAUUUGUGGUCCACUGUGCACCAUACUAGCUUCAACUUUGCGUUAUCAGGAUAACCGGUUCAGCAAUUAUAGUAACUUAGCGCAGGGUGUUUUACAUAUCUUAUAUGUUAAUUUAAAGAGGUCCAUUCUUGCAUUAUCAACUGAACCUGUAUGGGUUUGGGGCUCUGUCCCCUCUCAUGCUCUACCUUCUUCGGAUUCAGUAUUUUUUUGCUCUUUAUGUCUCUAUCAAUGCUUUGGACUCAACUCUUUCAUAUUACCAACCAUAUUGUGAAAAUACAAUUAAGGCCUUCAAAAA